AUGAGUCUCGUCGCGUACCUGCGCGGAUGGGCGUCGGAGGUGGUUUUCCGGCGUGGCUGCUCGUUGACAGGAAGCGAUAUCUGUCUGGGAGAUGGUCGGGCGUAUUGCCCAGGCGCGGGAGAGAGUGAGUGUCCGGCGUGGGAUGCGUGGGCCAAUCCAGUUGCGGAAGCGAACGAUCCGAGUUCACUCGUUUCGGAAUACGCCGCUUGUGGCGUGUGGCGGCCCCAAACGGUCCUGCCUUUUUCCCGUAUGAGUCUCGUCGCGUACCUGCGCGGAUGGUCUGUCUGCGAGAUGGUUGCGGUUGUUGUUCAGAAGCGGACAGAAGGGAAUAUAAGGGAGAGCGAUGCAGCAUCUUUUAUCUUUGGCGGCGAAUACGACCCCGUGGAGAAACGACAACUUGUACCCGAUACUCGAUGGCGUGUUGUCGGUAUCCUUCAGAGAUCUGUCUACGAGAUUGUUGGGCGUUCUGUUCAGGCCCUGGAGGUGGUUUUCCGGCGUGGCUGCUCGUUGACAGGAAGCGACAGUUCCGCCGCAGGUGGCAGCCAGAGGUCCGACGUCGCUCUUGCACGAAUUGUCGACGUGUUGGGUGUGGCGGCGCCACAUGGUCCGGCCGUUGUAUGGUAUGUGACUCGUCGAGUGCAUGCGCGGAUGGAGAGUGAGUGUCCGGCGUGGGAUGCGUGGGCCAAUCCAGUUGCGGAAGCGAACGAUCCGAGUUCACUCGUUUCGGAAUACGCCGCUUGUGCCGUGUGGCGGCCCUACAUGGUCCGGGCGUUGUAUGGUUGUGGAGAGAGUGAGUGUCAGGCCUGGGAUGCGUGGACCAAUCCAGUUGCGGAAGCGAACGAUCCGAGUUCACUCGUUUCGGAAUACGCCGCUUGUGGCGUGUGGCGGCCCCACACGGUCCUGCCUUUUUCCCGUAUGAGUCUCGUCGCGUACCUGCGCGGAUGGGCAGCGAAGUCUGUCUGGGAGAUGGUCGGGCGUAUUGCCCAGGGGCGGGAGUCUGUCUGCGAGAUUCUUGGGCGCAUUCUUCAGGCAGCGAAGUCUGUCUGCGAGAUUCUUGGGCGUAUUCCUCAGGCAGCGAAGUCUGUCUGGGAGAUGGUCGGGCGUAUUGCCCAGGGGCGGGAGGUGGUUUUCCGGCGUGGCUGCUCGUUGACAGGAAGCGAAAUCUGUCUGGGAGAUGGUCGGGCGUAUUGCCCAGGGGCGGGAAGUGGUUUCCCGGCGUGGCUGCUCGUUGACAGGAAGCGAAAUCUCUCUGCGGGGUUCUUGGGCGUUUUGUUCAGGCCGUGGAGAUGCUCCGCCAGGUCGGACAUCACUCUGGCACGAUCUGCCGACGUGGUGCGUUUGGCGGCGCCACAGGUUGCGGGGUGGGAUGAGGGCUUGGGAGGGAGUGGAUGUCUGUCUGGGAGAUGGUCGACCGUUUUGUUCAGGCGCGGGAGGUUGCGGGUCUGUCUGGGAGAUGGUUGGGCGUUUUCUUCAGGCCAUGGAUUCAGUUUCGUAGCUGGUCGACCGUUUUGCUCAGGCGUGGGAGGUUCUCCCGGAGGUCCGACAUCACUCGGGCACGAUCUGUCGACGUGUAGCGUCUGGUGGCACCACAGCUGUCAGGAGGUUGUAACAGUCUGGGUCUGUCUGCGAGAUCCUUGGGCGUAUUCUUCAGGCGUCGGUGGUGGUCCCCAGAGGUCUGACGGCACUCUGGCACGAAUUGUCGACGUGUUGGGUGUGGCGGCGCCACAUGGUCCGGCCGUUGUAUGGUAUGCGGCUCGUCGAGUGCAUGCGCGGAUGGGCCCUGAUGAGAGUGAGUGUUCGGCCUGGGAUGCGUGGACCAAUCCAGCUGCGGAAGCGAACGAUCCGAGUUCACUCGUUUCGGAAUACGCCGCUUGUGGCGUGUGGCGGCCCCACAUGGCCCUGCCUUUUUCCCGUAUGAGUCUCGUCGCGUACCUGCGCGGAUGGGUGGCGAGGGUGGUCCCCAGAGGUCUGACGGCACUCUGGCACGAAUUGUCGACGUGGUGGGUGUGGCGGCGCCACAUGGUCCGGGCGUUGUAUGGCGUGGGAGGUGCUCCCCGAGGUCCGACAUCACUCGGGCACGAUCUGUCGACGUGUUGCGUUUGGUGGCGCCACAGCUGUCAGGAGGUUGUAACAGUCUGGGAGAGUGAGUGUCCGGCCUGGGAUGCGUGGACCAAUCCAGUUGCGGAAGCGAACGAUCCGAGUUCACUCGUUUCGGAAUACGCCGCUUGUGGCGUGUGGCGGCCCCACAUGGCCCUGCCUUUUUCCCGUAUGAGUCUCGUCGCGUACCUGCGCGGAUGGUCUGUCUGCGAGAUGGUUGCGGUUGUUGUUCAGAGGCGGACAGAAGGGAAUAUAAGGGAGAGCGAUGCAGCAUCUUUUAUCUUUGGCGGCGAAUACGACCCCGUGGAGAAACGACAACUUGUACCCGAUACUCGAUGGCGUGUUGUCGGUAUCCUUCAGAGAUCUGUCUACGAGAUUGUUGGGCGUUCUGUUCAGGCCCUGGAGGUUGUGGGGUGGGAUGAGGGGGUGGGGGUGGUGGAUGGAGGGCCGGGUUCCGCCGCAGGUGGCAGCCAGAGGUCCGACGUCGCUGUUGCACGAAUUGUCGACGUGUUGGGUGUGGCGGCGCCACAUGGUCCGGCCGUUGUAUGUCUGUCUGGGAGAUGGUCGGGCGUAUUGCCCAGGGGCGGGAGCUGUCAGGAGGUUGUAACAGUCUGGGUCCGUCUGCGACAUUGUUGGGUGUAUUCUUCAGGCGUGGGAGGUGACAGCCAGAGGUCCGACGUCGCUGUGGCACGAAUUGUCGACGUGUUGGGUGUGGCGGCGCCACAUGGCCUAGCCGUUGUAUGGUAUGCGACUCGUCGCGUAAAUGCGCGGAUGGAGAGUGAGUGUCCGGCGUGGGAUGCGUGGUCCAAUCCAGUUGCGGAAGCGAACGAUCCGAGUUCACUCGUUUCGGAAUACGGCGCUUGUGGCGUGUGGCGACCCCACAUGGUCCUGCCUUUUUCCCGUAUGAGUCUCGUCGUGUACGUGCGCGGAUGGGCGGCGGAGUCUGUCUGGGAGAUGCUCGGGCGUAUUGCCCAGGCGCGGGAGUCUGUCUGCAACAUUGUUGGGCGUAUUCUUCAGGCGGCGGCGGUUGCGGGCUGGGAUGAGGGGGUGGUUUUCCGGCGUGGCUGCGCGUUGACAGGAAGUGAAAGUGACAGCCAGAGGUCCGACGUCGCUGUGGCACGAAUUGUCGACGUGUUGGGUGUGGCGGCGCCUCAUGGGUCGGCUGGGCAAGACGGGCAAGACGGUGACCGCCAGAGGUCCGACAUCACUCGGGCACGAUCUGUCGACGUGUCGGGUGUGGCGGCGCCACAUGGUCCGGCCGUUGUAUGGCGGCGGAGGUUCUCCCCGAGGUACGACAUCACUCUGGCACGAAUUGUCGACGUGUUGGGUGUGGCGGCGCCACAUGGCCGGGCGGUUGUAUGCUGUCAGGAGGUUGUAACAGUCUGGGGUACGUUGUAA